CCACACAAAAAAAACAAUUCAACAUGUUCAAGUUCAUUGCUGCUGUUGUGCUCGCUCUGGUUGCCUGCGUUGCAGCCAAGCCAGGAAUAGUUGCACCACUCGCCUACUCUGCACCACUGGUGGCUGCUGCGCCCUCUGCUGCGGUCUACAGCACAUCAUAUCAUGGCAACUUUGCCGCACCCUAUGUGGCAUCCCCUUAUGUGGCCUCCCCUUAUGUGGCUUCACCCUAUGUGGCCUCUCCCUAUGCAGCUGCCUACACCGCACCACUGCUGCUGAGGAAGUAGGAAACUGCACAGAAAACCACCGAAAC